AUGGCCAUGAGCUUGUAUAUCUUUCACCUCUUCUAUAAGUUCAAAGUGAUGGUGCUUGUCACUUUGUGUUUGAUGGUGAUAUGGGCCACAUUCAGUUACCUUGUGGACUCUGGACAGGAAAUUUCUAAAGCUAAGAGCAUGGUGGAGGAUUUCAGAAAGGUAACUAGCCCGGAGGACAGUCAAAAGGAAGAAAAGAUCAAAUCAAUUGAGAAAGCUCCCACGGUGAAGUCAUUUCUGGGUCGCUGCCCAACUCUGUCUCCGUACCUGCGAGGUGCCAGCAAACUCACCUUCAAAGCAUCUCUCACACUAGAAGAAGUACAAAAGGAGAACCCUCAGGUAGCCAAGGGCCGGUACCACCCUACAGAGUGCUCAGCAUUGCAGCACGUGGCCAUCAUCAUCCCACACCGCAAUCGAGAGAAGCAUCUGCUGUACCUCCUGGAGCACCUCCACCCCUUCCUACAAAGACAGCAGCUGGACUACGGCAUCUACGUUAUUCACCAGGCUGGCAACACCAAAUUUAAUCGAGCUAAACUGCUGAAUGUAGGAUACCUAGAGGCCCUAAAAGAAGCCAACUGGGACUGUUUCAUUUUCCAUGAUGUGGAUCUGGUGCCAGAAAAUGACUUUAACCUUUACAUGUGUGACAGACAACCAAAGCACCUUGUAGUUGGCAGGAACAAUACUGGAUACAGGUUACGGUACCAGGGAUAUUUUGGAGGAGUAACUGCUCUAACAAGAGAUCAGUUUUCCAAGGUGAAUGGAUUCUCUAACAACUACUGGGGUUGGGGUGGAGAAGAUGAUGAUCUUCGAAUCAGGGUUGAGAUGCAGAAGAUGAGAGUGGUGAGGCCAUCUGCCAAUGUAGCCAGGUACACGAUGAUCUUCCACAAACGAGACCAUGGUAAUGAGGAGAAUGGAGAGAGGAUGAAACUUCUACAUCAGGUAUCUAGAAAAUGGAAAACGGAUGGGCUGAACUCUUGUUCAUAUAAACUGCUCUCAGUGGAACAUAACCCUUUAUACAUCAACAUCACGGUGGAUUUCAGCAUGCAGCCCAAGAUCUCAUAA